AUGGAUUUGGGAUGUGGUGGUAGUAGAGAUGGUGAUGGUGGUGGACCUUGUGGUGCGUGCAAGUUUCUAAGAAGAAAGUGUGUGAAAGGUUGUUGCAUAUUUGCACCAUACUUUGAGUCAUCAGGUCAAGGAAGUGCUCAUUUUGCUGCUAUUCACAAAGUGUUUGGUGCUAGCAAUGCAUCUAAGCUACUCACACGCAUUCCAGUUCAUAAACGUCUUGAUGCUGUUGUUACUCUCUGCUAUGAGGCUCUUGCUAGGGCUACUGACCCUGUGUAUGGUUGUGUUGCUCACAUCUUUUCUCUUCAACAACAGGUUGUGGAGUUGCAAGCUGAGUUAGCCUAUGUUCAAGCUCGUCUUUCCAUAUUGAAUCGCAUCUCCGAAGAUCCUCAGUUUCAACAGCCUCAAAGCACUUCAAUGUACUUUGAUCACCCCCCUCUUCAACAUGAUCAAUAUCAUCCAACACCUUUUGAAUUAAGCAACAUUGGCAAUCCAUCAUACUAUUCCUAUCAUCAAGAGCUCCAUGACCAGGAGCUUCAAGAUUUGCCUUGA